AWUUCAAACUUUGCAAUGAAAAAUUUUAAUAAAAAACUGUGGCGGCUGCUGCUGCCGCUGCUGCUGCUUGGCCUGAGUCAGGUGAGCGGCCAGUUCGAGAAUUACCUGGACAGCCUGCGAGCCCAGGAGCUAUACGAAUACGUCGAGGGCAGUGGAAGCAUACAAUACUUGGCCAAGGGCAACAGCGAACAGGCGAUGCUCCAAUUGGAGCAACCCAUUAGCUUCUAUAGCGAGAAAUAUGAACAGAUCUAUAUCAACACGAAUGGCAUUUUGACAUUCAACGUGGAGUUCACGGAGUACUUGAAUCAGCCCUUCCCACUCGAGUAUCCCUCGGUAGCGGCCUUCUACUCGAACGUCGACACGAGCAACAGCAACGACGACAGCUCCAUUUCGCUCUUCGAGUCGAAGGAUCCUCAGCAGCUGAAUCGCGCUCAGCAGCUGGUGCGCUAUGCCUACAGCGAUUGGACGGAGUUCGAGGCACGCCAGCUGAUUGUCGGCACGUGGCGCAAUGUGGGCUACUUCAACUCGAAGACGGACAGACUGAACACCUUUCAGGUGGUCCUGAUUGUCGGCGACUCGCAGACCUUUGUGCAGUUCAUCUACCCGCAGGGCGGACUCAACUGGCUGCAGGGCGAGGCCGGAGAGUACGGCUUGCCCGACAUUCGCGCCCAGGCGGGCUUCGUGGCCGAGGAUGGACGCUACUACAAUCUGAAUGGUUCCGGAUCGGAGAACGCUCGUUUCCUCAGCGACAGCACCAACUUGGGCGUGGCUGGCGUCUGGCUGUACCAGGUGGCGCCCCUGACGGGCAGCGAGAACGUGGUGGCGCCCAACAACGUGGAGACGCGCACCGAGUCGCCGGCCCUCGCUCAGAGCUGCAACGGCAAUGGACAUCAGUGCGACAGCCAUGCCCAGUGCUACGACAAGUCCGAGGGCUACUGCUGCGUGUGCGAGUCGGGCUACUAUGGCAAUGGACGGUCGUGCCUGGCCAACGAUCUGCCGAUGCGCGUGACUGGCUCGCUGUCCGGCCAGCUGAAUGGCCAGGCGGUGAGCGAGGAGGCCAAGCUGCAGUCGUACGUGGUGACCACGGAUGCGCGCAUCUACACGACCAUCAAUCCGGUGAGCGGGGAGCAGGCGGCGCAGCUGCGUGUGGUGCUGCCGCUGCUGACCACCGUGGGCUGGCUGUUCGCCAAGUCGAUCAAUGGGGCGGCGAAUGGCUACCAGCUGACCGGGGGCAACUACCAGCACAUCUCGCGCGUUCAGUACGAGACGGGCGAGACGCUGCUGGUGAAUCAGACGUUCGAGGGCUUGAACUACUGGGAUCAGCUGACGGUGAAGAUCGAGCUGACGGGCUCCGUGCCACGCGUGCCAGCCGGCGCUGCACUGCAUCUGCCCGACUACACAGACGAGUACAGGUUUGUGCGUCCCGGCGAGCUGCACUCGCUGCAAUCGCAUCAGCUGGAGUUGGCCGAGAAACAGCGUGUGAUUGGCUUCCAGGUGGACCAGCGCAUACUCUACCAGAGUUGCCUGCGCGACGACGACGUCGAUCCCACGGAUCACAGUGUCCUGCAGAAGGUGUCCAAGAUCACGCUCGACUACUUCGAGCGCGACCAGGCCCUGCGCACCAGCGCCCUGACCAAGAUCGGCGUCGAUGCCGAGUCGAAUGCCUGCACCGACGGCAGCGUCCAGUGCGGCGAGAAUGCCAUCUGUGUGCCCUACGAGGACACCUAUCGCUGCGACUGCCAGCACGGCUACUCCGCCCAGGUGGACGAGCGCGGCGGCGAGAGCUGCAUCGAUGUGGAUGAGUGCGCCCUGGGCACCCAUGUCUGCGACGAGAACGCCCUCUGCUCCAACAAUGAGGGCGGCUUCACCUGCGUCUGCUACGAUGGCUACGAGGGCAACGGCUAUCGCUGUCUGCGCAACAAUACGGCCGAGAAUAUUGAGUACCCCACGCCAUCGCCAGUCGACGGCCAGCAGGGCUAUCCGACGGAGCAGGACCAGCAGCCACGCCCAGAGCAGCCGGACGAGCAUGUCGACUAUCAACCCAAUCAAGGCAAUGGACAACAUCCGGAUGAGUGCUACAGCUGUUCGCCGGAUGCGGACUGCUACGAGGGACGUUGCAGCUGCCGUGAAGGCUUCUCGGGCGAUGGCUAUAGCUGUGCGUACAUCUGCGGCCAUGACGAGGUGUUCGAGCAUGGACGCUGUGUGCCCCUACUGCUGGACGAUCAUGAGGUGGAGCCGCGCUGCAAUAUUCUAGGCGACUGCACCUGCCCGGAGGGCUACGAGCUGAGCGAGGAGCGCCGCAGCUGCCGCUUCACCGGCGGCUAUGAGGUGGACAAUAGCGAGGAUCUGCUGCCGUGCGACGUGGACUCCAACUGCCAUGUGAAUGCCCGCUGCGUCUGGUGGGAGCAGCAGCUGCGUCACAUCUGCACCUGCAAUGCCGGCUUCAGCGGCGAUGGCUACAACUGCGAUCCCAUCGAGGACUCCUGCGCGAUUAGACCCGGCAUCUGUGAUGUCCACGCCAACUGCGACUACAACGAGCAGCUGGGCAAGUCGGAGUGCGUCUGCCAGCGUGGCUACCAGGGCGACGGCCACAACUGCCAGCUGGCCCCCGAGUGCCAGGCGGCGGAGCAGUGCGGCGAGAACGCCUACUGCGACGGCGGUGUCUGUCAGUGCAACGCCGGCUACGAGCGGGACGUGAGCGAUCGCUGUGUGCCCGCGGGUCGCUGCGGCUCAGUCUAUUGCGGAUCCAAUGCCAUUUGCAAGUGGGAUACGGCACAGAGUGUUCAGUACUGCGACUGCAUCGAUGGCUACCAGGGCGACGCGCUGACCGGCUGUGUGAGCAUACCCAUACCCUGUAAUGUGCGCAACAAUUGCGGCAUACACGCCACCUGCGAGCCCACCGAGGAUCCGGCCAACUAUACGUGCCAGUGCAAUGCCGGCUAUCGCGGCGACGGCUACGUCUGCAUCGAGGAGCAGAACUGCCUCAGCAAUCCCACCAUGUGCGAUAUGAACGCCAAGUGCCAUUCGACGAACUCGGGUCUGGUCUGCGUCUGCAAUCCAGGCUUCUAUGGCAAUGGCUCCGCUUGCUUCGAGCGCCAACAGCACGACUCCAACUUCCUGAUUGUCAGCCAGGGCGUGGUGCUGGUGCGUGUGCCCCUGAAUGGCCGUAACGUGAUGCCCAUCAAGGUGGCCUCGAUGGCCAUUGGCCUGGACAAGGACUGUGUGGAGGGACGCAUUUACUGGGGCGAUAUAUCGGCCCGAAAGAUCAUCAGCUCCAAGUACGACGGCACCGAUGAGCGUGUCUUCAUCAGCACAGACAUUGAAUCUCCGGAGGGCAUUGCCAUUGAUGUCAUCUCGCGUCGCCUGUACUGGACGGAUUCGGAGAAGGACACCAUUGAGGUGGCCAGCCUGGACGAUCCCACGCUGCGCACUGUCAUCAUCAACAAGGAUCUGGUGAAUCCACGUGGCAUUGCUGUGGAUCCCUACAGAGAGAAACUCUACUGGUCCGACUGGGAUCGCUCGAACCCCAAGAUAGAGUACUCCGACUUGGAUGGCACUGGCCGGGAGCUGCUGCUGGGCGCCAACGAUGUCAAGCUGCCCAAUUCGCUGGUGGUCGUGGAGCACAGCGGUGAGUUGUGCUAUGCGGAUGCGGGCACCAGGAAAGUGGAGUGCAUCAAUGCGCAGAGCCGUCAAACGCGCACCAUAUCCCAGGAGCUGUCCUAUCCAUUCGGCUUGACCUUUACGCACGAUCAAUUCUACUGGACCGACUGGACAACCAAGAAGCUGGAGAGCGUGGAUAGCGCGGGCGUGCGCCAGAAGCCCAUACAGACGUCCUUCUUUGGCAGCCACAAGCUGUACGGCAUGACCGCCGUGGAGCAGAACUGUCCGCAAUACUCCAGCCAGUGCCAGAUCAACAACGGCGGCUGCACCGAUUCACGGAUCUGCCUGGUCAACCGCAAGGCACCCUCCGGCAAGAGCUGCAAGUGCACCAGCGCCUCUACCGGCUGCACCGUGGCCUCGCCCUACGACUAUGUAGUGCCCCGCAAUUGAAGACCAACGAAGGGUCUACAAUUUAAUUAGUUAAAAA